CAGCUGCAGCAUUUGGGAAGCUGCGUUCCAAGGUUUUCUGCUCGCAUGACCUAAAGCUGGCUACAAAAUAUUUAAACAUGGCGGUUGUGCUGCCAAACCUACUGUACUCUUCCGAGGCGUGGUGCGUGUAUCGCCACCAUAUACGCACACUGGAUCGUUUCCACCUCAAAUGCCUUCGCACCAUCAUGAAGAUCAGAUGGUCUGAUCGAGUGCGCAAUACCGAGGUGCUACGCCAACUUCGAUGGUGUGGUCACGUAUCACGUAUGACGGAGGAGAGAGUGGCGAAGCGCAUCUUCUACUCUGAACUUGAGGAGGGUAAGCGGAAACAUGGCGGUCAACUCCUCAGGUACAAAGAUGUACAGAAGCGGCACAUGAAAAGAUGCAACAUUGAGCCCUCUCAGUGGGAAGGUUUGGCAGCACAGCGUCCAGAAUGGCGGGAGAUUGUGAAGAGGCAAGUCCACGAGUUCGAGGAGCAGCGUACGACCGAACUCGACGCGAAGCGCGAUGACUUGAAGGCUCGUCCAUCUGCCGCCAUUCACUAUAACUAUGUUGGCGGCGUGCUCAGAUGCCCUCAAUGCGCGAGGGAUUUUGCCGCGAAAAUAGGCUACGUAAGCCAUCUUCGGGCACACCAGCGCCGCCAAGACAGCUAGGAGUCGGAGUGGUCUCCAUGGCCGAAAUCGGUCGGAUGGAUCAUCAUCAUCAUCAUCAUCAGUGGGUUACCCAAAUUAGAUUUUAUUGAUAGGGCGACACGAUGCACGACAAGCCAUGCCCCACCAAGUCUUCGAGUCUUGCAGCUGUGCUAUUUGUUUGUAACAUAACAAAUUACUUUUUUCCAAAAAUUAUUAGAUGUGUUAUCAAAACACCAUGGUAGUCCAUAAAAAUUGCCAAAGUUUAGGUCUGAGUCUGAAGCAGCGCUAGGUGCUAGCUGGGGCACUAAAUUGAACCCUUUCUUAAUGAUAACUGUGUCGUCACUUUUUUUAUUAAUAAAGAGUUGUGGCAACGACAUCUCGGAGUGCGUACUGCGGUCUAAAUAUUUAUUCUUGUAUAAAACACUUCUCCAUAGCGCGUAAACUUCGUAGACAAUAGAACUGGAACGGUCUUCAAUAGGUAAUAGGUGUACGGUUUAUUUAUUAGUUUUUUGACUGUUGAUUUUUGUUAGUCUGUGUUAUCAAUAAAAACUGUGCGGCGUUGUGGCGACUCGUGCGAGUAAUCAUAACAUGUAAUUACGCAAAGUUACGAGGGAGUGUCGAGUUCACGCCGCUGCAUUGGUAAAUGUAAUAGACAGGCAUAGAACCUGCGACGCCGCUUCCCGAGGGGCCCGCAGCCUCCAGUAAUAGGCUGUGACUAUGUUGUGAUCGUUAGGACUGCUCGCCAUUAGGGAUCAAUAGUGCAGUUUAAAUAUACCGAGUAUCUUUACCAAUCGACACUAACUUAAAUGUACGAGUACCUUCUGGAUUCCUCUUCUUGUAUCGAAUGGGUCGUAACAACUAAGGUCAUGACAAACUUUGUGUUGAACUUCAAGGGCCGUCGUGACGUGGUUCAUAGCAUGCCUUCCUAACAUACAAUAUUAUGUCUUAGGUAUAAUCAUUGAUUUUAUUAGAAUGAUUUAUUCAUAAAAUUAGCCUAAUAGAGUCUAUUUUUUAAUCCAAAUCUGUAAAAUGAAUUUUGAACCUGUCACUUUGUUAAGCUAGCUGUUAGUUUUUUUUAGUAUAAUUAGCUGAAUAAAAUUAAAAUGGGACUGUAAUAUUAAAAUAGGACCCUAUUUAUAUUCAGCAAUAAAACUAAUCACUAGUCAUUCCUAAGAAGAAAAUAGUACCGAGCCAAAUAGCAACUGUGAUUGGCCUAACACUGAUAGUGUCACUGCAAAGUUAUUUAAAUUAAUUACUAUGACCAUCUCUACACACAUACUUUUAGGCUCUUAUUAUAGUUAAAUAGUUUAAAUACUUCAUGGCUGAGGAUAGAGGCCUAGACAUCGCGCUCGAUGUCCUGUAAAUGAUUAGCGAUCUGAACUGACCUACUGACUUCAAUGAUUAGUAAAGCCUACGUUAUAUAAAUAAAUGUCAAUUUAUUUAUUUGUCAUAUCUAGGCUUUAUAGAUAGCUUAAAUUAUUAUUACCAAUUAACUUUAUUUAUUAGUAAAUAGUUGUUUUUUCUUCCUGUGAUUGCUUCUCCAUUGUUGUCUUAAUAUUUAUGUACAUUCGACAGCACAUGAAAGCAGAUAAUAUUAUAGUAAUAGCAUCUAUUGUAACCGUAUGACGUCACAGUGUUUACCUUAAUGUGCUGUCGACCGUACAAUGUACCAAACGUAUAACAUGUAAUACCUAGAAUAAGUCGUAAACACGCAAUAUUAUUUUUUAUAGUUAAGAUUAUGUUUUAUAUGAAAUGUAUAUUUCCAAUGAGGGUUUUCGCGAUUGAAAAAUCCGCCAGAUGGCAAUACGUAGACGCGAGGUCCAAAUGCUGCAUGAUUGGUGGAUUUUGACAUAUCUGUCAAUGUCAUGUCACAAAUAACCAAUCAUGCAGCAUUUGGACCUCACGUCUACGUAUUGCCAUCUGGCGGAUUUUUCAAUCGCGAAAGCCCUCAUUACAUGCAAAUCUGUGUGCACCAGGCGCCGCGGCGCCAUCUACAAUAGGCAGAGAGGCCAUUGAAGGCGACGCUAAUAGAAUGUGGUCAACUAAUCGGGAUAAACUUUUGGGAAAGUGCUAUUAUAUCUGCAAAUGUUUAUUUAUUAGUACCUCUUGAAGCUAUCUUGCUGCACUGAAACAGCAAUUCUGACAGUAACCUAUGUGUAAAAAUAGUUUUGCAAUGAAAAGCCACAAUAUUUUAUGAUAAUUUGUUCACCUGUUAUGUGGUUUCGCCUUGACACAUUGUCUUGUUGAGAAAAUUCCCAAAUUCUGUUAGCGCCGACUUCUAAGUUGCGUAUUUUAAUAAAUAUGUAUUAACAAGCAAACCUUAAAAAAAGAAUGAUUGUAUAAAACAAUAAAUGAAUAUUUAUAAAUAAUAAUAACGUAUAAUAAGAUAAUUAUGUCGCAGGACAGUGGAUGGCCCGCGGUCGCCAUAUUUGUUGUUGUUUUGCAAUCCAUCUGGCCUCGAGUCGGAUGCGCGACGUGUGAGCCUCGUAUCCACUUGAUCAGCCUCAGGCCGAGCAGCCUCUAGGGAGACUGAGGCUGCUCAAGCGGAUACGAGGCUAGAGGCAGAGGGUCGAGGUACAUUGCGAAUCGAGGUGGCGCGACGCGAUCCUCCAGUUUAGAGCAAAACUUCUUUAGCACCUGACGUGCGUAUGCCGUCUCCACUGAGCGAACUAAAAUCGACUAAAUCUGGCUCGGUCCGCAACGACGAAAUUUGGCGACGGGUCGUGCCUCAGGCUGAGGCAGCUCGACCCGAGGCCGGCUCUAGUGGAGAG